CUUACGCUUAAGUUUGGCAAAUACAUUUAAAGCUUUCCACAGUUAAUGCCUUAUAUUUUGUAUUGAAAGUAAAGCAUUUGCAUAGUGUCACAUUACUAAUGCAAUUAAUAAUGCAGCCGGUAAUUGCAAUAAGUUUGGCACUUACUUUCACAAGUGUUCUCGCCUACCACGAUCCCGACCUCAAUUACCACCUGAGUCAAGUUCAAAAGGUAGAGAAUUGCGGCGGCGCCGGCUAUUCGUAUCCCGCACCCGCUGUGCAACUGAACCCAGCCAGUGUGAACUUAGCCCCAGCUCCGGCGGUAGUUUCACACCCACUACCUUCUGCGGGAUACUCGGCAGGCAUCACCUACCAGGCAGAAGCACCUAGGAUCACAUAUGCACAACCUGCUGCUUACCAAACAUCAAUUGCAGCAUCAAAUUACGUAUCAGCCCCAGCAUCACAAAUUCAUGGAUACUCAACAUCUGCCGGCUUAUCAUCAUCUUCUGGUACUGGAAGAACAGUAACACCACUAGCCACAUAUGCUCAAGCACCUAUAAUCGCAAAAAUAACAGCAGCCCCACUGAUUGCCAAGUUUGCGAUUGCCCCAGUGAAAACUACGUUCGUCCAACAAAAUUCUGUUCAACAAGCGGCCUAUGUAUCGGGAUCCUCUGCCAAAGCGUCUUUAUACAGUAACAGCAUCCAAACCGGAGGACCCGUAGUGUCACAAGUAUACGCUGCACCUUCUUCUGGAUACGCAACCGCAUCUCCACUAAGGCCACAAGUAUCAGGAUACUCAAGUGGAAUUCAAUAUAGUCAAGGAGUUCAAAGGAUUGCACCAGCUGUUCAGUACUCAACGCAAGUUGUGGCUCCAGCACCUGCACAAUAUUUUGCACCAACCCAACAUUCGAGCGUGACACAAUAUGCGGCAUCACCUGUGGCACAGUACUCCCCUGCUGUAAGCCACGCUGCACCGCUUUUUACUCAGUAUUCAGCACCAGUAGCCGCCCAGUACUCAAGCUCUCAUUUAGCGGCACCUGCUGCUGCUUUUACUCAAUCUCAUGUCGCAGCUGCGCCAGUUGCUCAAUACCAAGCCCAAUACACAUCUUCUGGAUUAUCUCAACAUUCAAGUGCGGCUGUCAGUUCGUAUGCCAUUCCAUCAGCAGCGGCGUAUUCUGCACCAGCGGUCGCCCACUACUCAGCACCGGCCGUAUCAGCUGUAACUCACUAUGGCACGCCAACAGUAGCUCAAGUAUCUCAUCAUGGUGUAGCUGUUGCACCAGCUAGAAUCGCAAGCACAGCCCUUGCUGCGAAGAAUAUCCACCGCGAGUUUCUAGAAAACUAUGACGCCCACCCACGUUACGCCUUUGAGUAUGGAGUCAACGAUCCUCAUACUGGGGACAUCAAACAGCAGAAGGAAGAACGAGAUGGAGAAGUAGUUAAAGGUCAAUAUUCCUUGGUAGAGCCGGACGGCUCUGUGCGAACUGUGAACUACGUUGCUGAUUGGGAGACCGGUUUCCACGCCGACGUACGCAAUAGCAAAGACAAUCAUCAUUAGAUACAGAUAUAUAACACACCAACCAGCUUGCCGUGCCUUAUUAGGUCGGCCCACCAAUCAGAAUCCUGGCAAUAUCUUUAAACUUUAAUUUUAAGCAUAAGUAUAUAUUAAUUGUGUCCAAUUGCCUGACAGAACAUGCUGGCUUAAGACAUUAAGCCCAGUCUACUAUAAUCGUGCUUUAUCAUAAACACAUUUGCAAUAGGCUAUUUAUCGAAUGUAAUCAAUGCAUAUUCAUCUUCAUAAUCCCACAAGGAAACACACCAUCAUGACAACUCAUCAUCAUCGUCUCAUUAUUCAUCCAUAUUUAAACUAAGAUAGUUUAUUUAAUGUUAUGUAGUAAACGAGAAUUUGGAUUAACGAUCUCUGUUGAGUAAUUUUACAUAAAGAAAUAAUACAGUCAGUUAUUACCACAAGCUGUAAAUGGACUGGAGCCUUUUAGAUGCAACUAUUUACCUUUCACUGAACGAAAUGUCCCCGACAUCAGGCACGGUCAUUGCAUCCGCGUGCAACACUUUUAAAAACGCUAAAAACAUUUACAGCUGAGUGCACUUCAAUGGUAAAAAGAAUAAUGUAUGGAAGAAUAUGUCCUAAUCUGUCUUAAAUCGUGCCAUGCGACCGUUACUGCGUAAUUAUUGUGUUAAAAGCGUUUUAAUGGUGAUAACUAUUAAUUAAAAAUAUACAUAUGAAUUAGAUGUUAAACCUUAUUGCAUAACGCGGUCGCAAGUCGCAACAUAACUAUGACCUCACGAUGAUUCAGUGGAAUGCCGUGUGUAUUUUAGAUCCAUUAUUCACACAGCAGCUCGGCGGCCUAACAAAGCCAUUAAUCGCAUUUCAAUCUUGCAUUCAAACAUCCAGUUUAAUGUCCUGACUAAAGCAACUUAAAUUGUACGACUCGCUGAAGUGAAAGUCUGAAAUCAUUGUAGGCAAAGUUAUUUAACGACUGCCACGCUUAGUAAAUUAGACUGACGAUUUGAAGUACUUACCAAUAAAUGUUACCAAUAAUAUUA